AGCUAUGUCAAAGUCGGAAAAGCAACAAUUAGCGCCAUGGGUGGAGAAAUAUCGUCCAAAAGUGCUCGCCGAUAUUGUCGGCAACGAGAACAUUGUCGAGCGGCUCAAAGUGAUCGGACACGAGGGAAAUGUGCCGAAUAUUGUUUUGUCGGGUCCCCCAGGCUGCGGAAAAACGACAUCAGUGUGGGCGUUGGCUCGAGAAUUGCUCGGCGAUAAGGUUAAGGAAGCGGUGCUCGAGUUGAAUGCGUCGGACGAGAGAGGAAUCGAUGUGGUCCGUCAUCGUAUCAAAACGUUCGCCCAGACGAAGGUGACACUUCCAGAAGGCCGUCACAAGAUUAUCAUACUGGACGAGGCCGAUUCGAUGACCGAUGGUGCACAGCAGGCUCUCCGCCGCACAAUGGAGAUGUACACAAAGACGACAAGAUUUGCGUUGGCCUGCAAUCAAUCCGAGAAGAUUAUUGAGCCCAUUCAAUCCCGUUGUGCCCUGCUCCGCUACACAAAAUUGAGCCCCGUACAGCUGUUGACACGUGUCAAGGAGGUUGCAAAAGCCGAGAAGGUCAACUAUGACGACGGGGGUCUUGAAGCGAUUCUGUUCACUGCACAGGGUGAUAUGCGACAGGCGUUGAACAAUUUACAGGCAACAGUGAACGCUUACGAGCUUGUGAACAAGGAAAAUGUGCUGAAAGUCUGUGAUGAGCCACACCCGGACCUUAUGAUCAAAAUGCUCCAUUACUGUACGGAUCGCAAAUUCUUCGAGGCAUCCAAGAUUAUUCACGAGUUUCAUCGGCUUGGCUUCUCCUCAGACGAUAUUGUAUCAACGUUGUUCCGUGUGGUAAAGACUGUCGAGCUGUCGAAAAAUGUGUCCGAACAGCUGAGAAUGGAGUAUAUUCGGCAAAUCGCCAUGUGCCAUAUGCGUAUCGUGCAGGGACUCACUUCGAAACUUCAACUCUCCCGUCUGAUUGCCGAUCUGUGCCGAGUUUCAGCAGCGGCAACGGCUACGAGUGCCUAAAAUUGUUGCCGAGAUUUUCAAUUAUUUUUCACGUCGAUCCUCAUAUCUUCUCAAUUUUUUUUUUCAAAAUUUCAAAUGAACCCGAUUCUUGUAC